CCUCCAUUAUGUAUGGUUUCCUUGACCAACCCCGGACAGCUGGAAGGAACCUCAUAAGCUAGGAACUCCCCGUCAGCAGUUCUCUGCCCUCAGAAGAGGUUGCCAGUACUCUGUGGUCUCUGGGGCUGAAAUAGCAGAGGCUGGGAGCGCCGAGACCCAGAAAAGCCUACCAUCACGAGGCCCCUCCUAGAGAGGCGCCAGUUUCACUACUCAGGCAGAGGUUCCACUUCUGCAAGAGAAAAAUAACACUUCAAUUUCAUUCCUAGAGGAAAAGGGAAGAGCGGCAGAGCUGACAUGUUCUCUGACACAGUGCCUUCCUGAAGAACCCACCCAGGCCUUGCUCCAGCCAGGUCCUGCCUGAGCACGCAGCUGCAGAGUUAGUGCCAGGUGUGCCCCGGCAGUAAGAGCGGUGCGCUCCCAAGAGCGAAGGCCCAUCUUCACAGCACCUGGAUUGACACCUGGCUUGAAGAAGACUCUGCAAGAGUGACUUUGUUGCACGCCUGCCAGAUUCAAGAAAGCCUGUGGUGUCUGCUCAUCUGUUCCUAUAAAACAAAGACAAGCUGUCUCCAAAUGGCCUGUGGACUCCCAGGCUCCGCCCUGUAAGCUGGCAUGUUCCUCAUCAGCAAGAUGUAGCCCUAAGAUCCCCAAGAAGGCAGCUUGCCUGGGCUCAGAAAACUACAGAGGUGUGUCUUUGUCAUGUCCUUCCCAGGAUCUAUGGAGAGGCCCCUCACAGUCUUGCAGGUGAGCCUGUACCACCCUACACAGGGCCCAGUUGCCUUUGCUCAAGUCCCGCCACAGCUGGAACAUGAUGCCAGCCGGUUGCUGGUUGGGCGAGGGCAGGACACCCAUCUCCAGCUGCAGCUGCCACAGUUGUCUCGCCACCAUUUGUCCCUGGAGCCCUACCUGGAGAAAGGCAGCAGUCUGCUGGCCUUCUGCCUCAAGGUGCUGACCCGCAAGAGCUGUGUGUGGGUCAAUGGACUGCCACUGAGGUACCUGGAGCAGGUUCCCCUGCGCACUGUUAACAGAAUCUCCUUCUCUGGCAUCCAGAUGCUAGUCCGCAAAGAGGGGGGCGCCUCCCUUGAGGCCUUUGUGUGCUAUUUCCAUCUCAGCUCUUCACCCCUGAUUUACAGACCCAAGGCUCAGGAGACAGACGAAUGAAUGGGAAAACACUGUUAGGAAAAAAACUCCCCCUGUUUUGGGGGGAGGCAACUCGUGAACUCCCGGGGGUCUCUCCACAGCCCCUCCUAGUCUCAGACAGCUGCGUCUUGCCAAGCCCGGGAGAAGCAAUAGAAACAAAGUUUCAGAAAGAGCCCUCAGACAACGCACCCCACCAGCCCUGCAGCUGAGAGCAAGCCUGACGAAAACAGGGUUUGGGAUGGUUGAGCUAUAUCAUGCAAGGUUGACACACAGAGUUCACAUGUAAAGCCUGCUGGCUGCCAUGUUCCCAGGGAACUGAUCCGGUAAACUUUGAGCAGCCCAGGGGUAGAGAAAUGCCCUCCAUAGCUCCGGGCAAUGGGAACUUCAUAUACUUUUAGAGGGGUUCUGGGAGCCUCUCCCAGUGUUCUGCGCUCCCCCUCCCCAUUUCCUCCAUUGUCUGGCGGCUAGGAGUUACUUUAUGUCCCUCAUGUCCCAUGAUGCCUCAGGGCAGGAGCAUGGGGUUGGGGCAGGAAUGUAAGGACACGGGAGAAAUUACAUUUGUGGUAGCUUAGGGUUACCUUCAACUUUCAAAUAUCCACAGGCACUCAGGGCUUAGGAAAGCCUGUGUUUAAUAAACUAAAAGUAUUUCAUUACCCUGGCAUGCCUAGUAGUAUUCCCUGAGGCCCAGAUGGGCCACAUGUAUACCAUGUUGUCAUGUGGCUCUGGGAGCGGGAAACCGGGACGAGGUGUGAGAGGAAAUUGGGAAAGUAGGUAGGCGCUUACAUUUCUGGAAGGUUGCAAGCAGAGCUUCAGGCUUCUAGCGGAGGAGGAGCCAGAAGCUAGGACUGCUUGGGAAUUUCUUGUCCUCCUCCUCCUCUCUCUUCUUCCUCUCUGCCCUCUUCUUGUUCCCUCUCCUCUCCUCCCAUCUUCUGUCCCUUUGGGCCAGAGCCUUGGUUGACCAGAUGUCAAAGGUCUUCAGGGAGAGAUGGUUUUCUAGAGAAGUAGGCUCUUUCAGAAGUAAUCCUAUGGCUGGGGUGCAAGGUUGUAUGAGAAGUCAACCCAGAAGUUACCUCAAGAUGAGUAAGUCUAAUGCCAGCAGGAGGGGGAAGCCAGGGAUGAUGUGGGGGGUGGGGUGGGGGUUGCCUAUCCUUCCUGAAUGGGGGUUGGGAGGGGUUGAUGGUGGGUUGUUAAGGAGCCAAGCAGGCAAGGAUGGGAGAAUUUUCUCAGUGAGAAGGGAAGCAGAGGGCUGGCCCGGCUGGUGUUUAUUCAUGUGACGGAAAGAGAGUCCCACAGACUCUGCUAACCACCAUACCCCCAGGUCCUACACUGGAACACCCCAAACACCGAGGGCACAGUGCUGCCGGCAGACUGAUCUAUAUCCCCCGCACCUGGGACACCUCUGCCCUUUACCAUCCUGUAUCCCUUUGCGCCUGUAUCCCUGGGUCGUAGGAUCAGUACUAUUCCCCAGCUGCGCACGUCUUCCCCAUAAGGAAAAUUACACUAGACAAGAUACAUGCUUGCUCGGAAAGUCCCUCCUCCUACAGAGUGUGGAUUGAGUACACUCAGAUCACAGACACAAGACGUGUGCUGGCCCCGCAAGACUCCCAAAGCAGUUUCUUCCUCAUUGGUCAAUGAACUUGAACAGACGCCCACCAAAUGGGUGUGAAGUCUCAGGAUCCAGGAAUCAACAAAGCCAGGAGAGCCUGCUUGCCUGCCAGCAGCCUGCUGACCUCAGGGGAGAAAAGCAACAG